AUGGCCCGGCCGGCCGUCGGGCGAUGGGGAGGCGGAACCGAGGGGCAGCCUCCCGACCUCGCGUCCGCUUCCUCGGUGUCCCGGGCCGUGCUCAGCCCCCGGGAGUGUCCGCCGGAACUGCACCCUGCAGGACACCCAGUGGGGCCGCCGCGCCCUCCCCUCGUCGGCCACCUCGCCCCUCGGGUCCUCGCCCAGGUCUUCCGCUUUCGGCAGCAAAUAAAGAGCCGGUUUCAGGAGAUGAGAGCUUCCUCCGGUGGAAGCCUUUCGGGGCCUCCGCGGAGCGCAGGGUGGCGCCUGCCUUCUGCUUCCUCCGAGGUGCCCGGGCCAAGGCGGUGUCCGCCCAGCGGCCCCUCCCACCCCGGGCCGCGGCGUUACUUACAUGGCUGCAACUUGUCGGGAGCAACUUCCCGGCGAGCCUCCGCCCCGCCCCUCGUGACGCCGCCCGCGCGCGGACUCCCGCCGCCCGAGCGCCGCCGCCGCCGCCGCCGCCGCCCGCGCCCCUGCCGCAGCACGCCGCAGUCCGGCCUCCCGCCCAGGCGCAGGGAAGGAAGGCCAGCGGCCUCGUCACGUGUCCCGGGCGAUCGCGAAACAGUUCCGGUGGUGAGGCGUCCUUUCCAAAUAUAAGAGGAAUAAAGAAGUCACUUCCUCAGCUGUCAUCAUCUUCCAACAGAUUGAGCAAGAAUAUUUCGAGCACUGCAGAAAAGACAGUCCGUCAAACCCUAGAUGAUGAUCAGCCGUGUUAUUUUUUCAAGAGAGGGAGUAGGGUGAAUGAAUCUUAUCAGAAAAGCAGCAACAUGAACGCAGGCCCAUCUUGGACUAAGGCCCAACAUGCAAAGAACCCUGCAAGGCGAAGGCAGAGUAAACCCCAGGGCCCCCCCGGCUCCUCCCAACUGAAAAGCAGCCCCGGCGGAGGGGGUCCCCAGCGGACCGAGGGUAAGCGGAAGGAAGGCACUUCCUCGGGAGGAAACCCCGAAAGGGCUCUGGGGGCCUCGGGGAACAGGUCGUUUCUGGACUUUCCGUCACUGGAAAUCAUCAAAGGAGAUGCUGACGACAGUGACAGUGCCAGCGACCUCUCUGAUUCGGAAAGAGUCCCCGUCCUCCCUUCGCCCCUCACGCCUCCCGACCUUCGCCUUCGAGCGGAAGAGAUCGACCCGGCUCACGAGCAUCUCCGCCCAGGGCAGGGCCCUGCAAAGCCCGACCUCCGCUACCCCGACUUCCUGCCGGCCCCCUUCAACUCCUGGGACCUGCGGGACAUGGCUGUGCUGCUGCACUCGGAGCGCAGGGCGGAGGCCGGGCCGAGAGCAGGGGGGCUCCUCGGGAGGUACAUCGACAGGCUGGUCCAGCUCGAGUGGCUGCAGAUCCAGACCAUCCAGUGCGAGAAGGGAAAGGGGCCCAAGGCGAGGCCUCCCACCGCCCCUGGGGCCUCGGGGGCCCUGAAAAGCCCGGGGAGAAGCAAGCUGAUGGCCAGCGCUCUGUCCAGGCCUCCGCAGGAAGGGCCUCGGAAGUCAGGCCCUUCAAGAAAGAAAGACCUGCCCCUGGAAGAGGUCCAGCCAUCCUGUCGCGCCUUUGAGGCUCCCCCCGCCCCCCUCGAUGCGCUCAGCAGCGGCAGGUUAUGUUCCCAGAAGCAAAGCCUGAACAUGCGGCCGGAGGAGAAGAGGAAGAAACCCAGUAAGAGCUCACAGUUGCAGCCCUGGGACUUGUCCUGCGCGGACAGGGACAGCAGCGGCCCAAAGCUGGAGAGCAAGGGGAACCUCCGCGUCCCCCGGCCGUCGGCAGGGAUCCUGGACUCCGCGGACUCCUACAAGGCCUGCAGAGCCCAGGCACACGCGCUCCUUAAGAAGAAGGGGAAUGCAAAUCACUGUGCCCGUGCCCCUGUGUCCAGCGAGAAGAAGCUCAAAACAAAUGGAGUCAAAUGUAUAAAUUCAAAUAAGAACUGAGAUGAUGGACUGCAAGGCCCUGCCGAUGCCUCAGUGCUGCAGCUCUUCCUGCAGCCACAGCGCUGGGAAUUUUAAGACUCGCUAUGGUCACUGACAACGAAGGGGGACUUGGGUCCACCCCCCCACCCCCACCCCAGCCCCACAAGGGUUCUUUGCCAGGAAAGGUGUCUUUCAGUAAACGACUCUUUGUGUGGACCGUCUUAAGCCAAUGAGAGCCCUUUAGAUAAAACUUAGCCAAGGUCUGUGCCGUAUAAACGCAUCAAGUGAGAGCUCUUCGGGCGAAGUGGGGACGAGACUUCCAAAACCUCAGCCAGGCCGCGGACGGCAGAGGCCACGAGGGUUAGCUCCCCUCUUCAUCGCAUACAUGUACACGAAGAGUGCAUUUUGUCUGAAUCCUAACUGAAACAGGGCUCUGUGUCCUCGCCCUAAACGAUUCAGACAGAAGUUCUGUGCGUGUCACCCCUCGGAGAAGCUUCAACUCUUCCUCAAGUUAUGAAGCAUCUAUUUUGAGCAAAGUCAUUUAUCACUCAGCUGCCUGCUCUUAAGACAAGGGAAUCUAGUGCUUUCAUACAUUUUCCCUGACAUGGGCUUUUAAAAAAAAGCCUGUUAAAUUUAGAGGUGGUGGGGGAAGGCCCUGUGUGUAUUCCCCAGGCUGAGCUUAAAAUAGUGCAGGCUUUGUCCCUCCCUCUGAGCAGGACUGUUGGUGUCUGGAGGGAGGGAAGAAGGGAAUGGUUGGCACCCAGAACUCUUGGUAUGUGGCUUCUCUGAAGAGGUGUCACAGGAAAACCACCUUUUAGAGUUUGCAGUUGAAGGGCUUAUAAUCAGCUGUACACACACAGGCCCACUCCGGGUGUCACAGCUGCUACAUCACUGGCUCGGGACCUGGGUCCUGCUGUCUAUAGUCAAAAUAAUGACCUGUCUUCAUUUGCGAGAGGAGAAUUUUCUAAUCUUGCUGAGAGCAGAGGAGGGAAUGGAAGACGAAUAAAGUUUUUCUGGAUGUGUUAACAUCCUUACCUGGCCCUGUGGCUUCCUGGGGCUUCUCCCUGCUUCUCCUGCUAAGUCACAUGUACUUGUUCUGAUGCAUAUGCUGGGAGGUUUCAUUUGCUAUUGUUGUGAAUAUCUUUAAAGCCUUCAGUUGACCACUUUUUUUUUUUUUUUUUUUUUGGCUGUGCCCGUGACAUGUAGAAAUUCCGGGAUCAGGGAUCGAACCUGUACCAUAGCAGUGACAAUGCCGGACCUUAACCCACUGAGCCACCAGGGAACUCCGUGUGACUACUUCUUGAUAUACGGUAUGUAUUAAUGACUGCAGCUGAUUUUAACUCUUUAAACAAUUUUUUACAUAUAUGUUUCUAUUUUUUCACUUUUGGGACAAAUGGAAAACUUGGCACUUUUCUUUUGAAGGUAUUUACUAGUUCCCAGGCUUUUCACCAGCUGCUCAGUGUGUCAUCCAAGGCACUUUUUAAGUUAACAUAAGGACAAAAUGCAUUUAUAAAUAAUUAAUGGGGAAGAGUUCAAUAUUGAGAUCCCAUUUUUAAAAUCUGAUUUUAAUCAUAUUAAACAACAUACUAAAUUUUUGACGGUCAUCUUUUUCUUCGGACUUUAUUUCCAGAUUUCUGCAGAUUCUCUUUUAUAUUCCUUUUCAUACCCCCCAGUGGAGAAAGCCAGUGCUCACAAUAAGAUCUUAUGCCUUUUUAUAAAGGAACAAAAGACGUUCCAUGGUUUGCAGUUGUAUUAUAACUUUUGUACUCAGUAUUUUGAAAACAGUGCUGCUCUUACUUUUCUGACUGCGGUUCCUGGGGAGGCACCCGUGUGUCCCUUGCUGGCCCUGUCCCAGGAGUGCCGGUGGCUUAGUCCUUCAUACGUGGCUGGCACCUCAGGCAUGACUUUCUCUGCUCGGUUUUGAUGCAGCUCUUUAUAAAGUUUCAGGCCAGAGGAGUCUCUGUCCGCACGUUGCACACAUAUCCGUAUCCUCCGAGGCUAAGCCCGCAGGGUGUGGGCCUGCAGGGUGUGGGCCGAGCUGCUGCCUCUCCCAUCAUGCACCUGUGCAGGCCGGGGUUUUCCUGUCCCGGAGCCGUGAAGAAACAGCCAGGUGACAUCGUGGAUCUUCCUCGUUUGACUUGAAGUUGACCGCUUCAUUCCAGGGAAUGGUCAGCGUGUCACGUGUUACGACCCGUUUUAAAAGCCUGAAAAAAUGACGUUUCUUGUUCACUUUGGGGCCUCGGGUUGGUUUAUUGUGAUUGGAUCAGAGAACCUAAUGAAUAUAGGUUCGCUGCAGAACAUAAGCACAAUUUUAUGUUUUCUGAUGCCCACAUCUUGGUGCGCUAAAUGCUGCAUAGGAAUCUUGCCAUUCAAGCUGGACGGCAUGGGAGGGUUGAGUCAUAAACUCAUGCAGUUCAUCAAAUCUAAGCCAUUGAGUCUUGUGACGUGAGUCAUUGUGUUUCUAAGAAGUGCCUUUUCAUUUCUGUGGUUGUUUACAUACAGUGUUGUAUUUAAACCAAUUAAAAUAAUCCAAUUAAAUAAAUGGUAGCAAAAAAAAAACAACCCUCAAGCUUAGAGAAUGUAAAAAGAAUUGCGUCAGGUGGAAAAUGUGUAAAAGCAUAAACAAUGAACUAUAAAAAUAUCAGUAUUAGCUAUAGUUGUUUAGGUUUAGACUCUCUCUCAAAUCCUUAGUGACUAAAUAGGCUGAAGGUUUGUAACUCACUUGGCUAGGGUGGCAUUGGUGGCCUUGGUGGACGGGGAGACCGGAGACCGUUUGCAGAUUUCUAGCGGUUGUUAGGCCUACUUGGUUAGUUUCCAGAAAAAAAGAAUUUCUACCUUCAAGGCUUAAAUAUUGCCUAUUUCCUCUUUCCGUUAUGCUCAUUUAUGUGAAUAGUUAAAUAAAAAUGUAAAACUCUUGGUAGUACUGCAUUUCAGAGUAACAGAGAAGCAGUUUUGAUCAUUUAUUGAUAUACAUGUACAGAGCACUAUUCAAAAUGGCCUGAAAAUAUUCAGCAGGUUUGUUAUUUGCUGUGUGAUUAUCAUAGGCUCGGUUUUGUUUAUAAUAAAAUGAUACACUUAAGUUUUGUGAA